CCCGCCCCUGGCCCCAGCGGCAGAGGCGCGAUGGCUGACCGUCGCAGCCCUGCUGAGGCGCCCAGCCCGAGGAGCUCUCCCCGGCAGGAGCCCCGCGUCUCGCACACGGCGGCGCAGGGUGGUGUCGGUGUGGGCGAGACCCCGCGGACGGCGGCGCUGGCGCUGCGCUUCGACAAGCCCAUCAAGCAGGCCUUCUACAACACGGGCGCCGUGCUGUUCGUGUGUUUGUGCUGCGGCGCCGCGGUGCUCGUGUACUUCAUCCUCGAGGCCUUCCUGCGGCCGCUACUCUGGGCCGUACUGUGCGGCACUUUCCUGCACCCGUUCAAGAGCUCGCUCACGCGCCUGGGCCGCCACUGGCUGCGGCGCCUGCACCGCGCGCACACGCCCAUCGUGCUGGCCGCGCUGCUGUUGCCGCUCUGCUUCGCCGACUACAGCGUCGAGGCCCUGGGCGAGCAGGCGCUGCGCCGCCGCCGUCUGCUGCUGCUGUUGGGCGCCGGCGGCCCGCUGCUCUACGGCCUCUACUGCUUGGGCAGCUACCUGGGCGUACAGGUGCUGCUGGCGCACGCGGGCGCGCUCAUCUGCCGGGGCCUCGACUACUUCAGCAGCCUGUGGAUCUGGACGUUGGUAGUUGGCUAUGUGUUGACUGUUUCCUUCAAGUGGAAUUCAAGCACUGAACGAUACUUGAGAGCAAUUUCAAUUCCUGUGUGGAUGAUACUGCUUUUUCACUUAGCAUCGCUUGCUGGCUCCUGGAGAAUUCCAGUAUUCCUGGUUAUUGUUUUCCUGAUGUCUGUGGGCACCCUCUAUGAGAAACAGAAUGGGAAAGAGUCUACUGGGGCAGAAUUACCUGGGCAAGUGAUCUCCAUGGCAGCUUCUACUCUGGCAAACUUGGCUAUCUCCAUCACAGGGUAUGAAUCUAGCAGUGAAGACCAGCCCUCUCCUCGGCCUGCAGAACCCACAGACAGGGGAGAACCACCUCCAACAGUGUCUGCCUCAUCUUCAUCCUCCUCUCAUUCCUCACCCUCCUCUCCUUCACCCACUCUGGGCAGACAGAGGCCUGAGAUGGGAACAUUUCUCAGAAAGAAGAAAACUAGUGACAUCUACUUUGUGUGUCUUGUGUGGGCCAUCAUUGCUGUCCAGGUCUGGCUGAACUUGUGGAUUGUGCAGCUGUUGCCGGUGCCCGUUGCAGUCUGGAUAAUCAAAAAGCUUGUGAUUCACUUUGGAGUGGUGGACUUCCUGCAGAAACGCUGUCGUGUGUGGUGGCAGGUUAUCGAAUGCUUCCUGAAGGAGCGGCAGGAGGCUUUAGCACCAUGGCCAAUUAUCGGGCUUGGAAAGUUCUUACUAAAAGUUGAUAGCAAGCUCUGGCACUGGCUAAAUAAGAAGAUGAUCAUCUGGUUGGAGAAGAUGUUAGAUAAAAUUAUUAGCAUUUUCAUCAUAUUUUUGCUAGUAAUAGGAACCCUUCUUUUAGCUCUUCUCCUGACUGCAAAGGUACAUCAAGAGAGUGUACACAUGAUUGAAGUCACAAGUAAUUUGAUUAAUGAAACUCUAGCAAAUCACCCAGAGUGGGCAAAUUGGCUUCCUGAGGCUCAGGUGGUUCAAAGAGCCCUAAAUUCUGCAGCUAAUAAUGUAUAUCAGUAUGGACGGGAAUGGAUAACACACAAGCUUCAUAAAAUUCUAGGAGAUAAGGUGAACAAUACUGCCAUGAUUGAGAAGCAGGUGCUGGAGCUCUGGGACAGGCUGUAUCAUUCUUGGUUUGUAAAGAACAUAACACAUGCUGGAAGGCACAAAGGGCACAAGAUGCAUGUGAAUCGUCAGAACAGCUGGCUGGGAGACAUUCUGGACUGGCAGGAUAUUGCCUCCUUCGUUCACGAGAACAUUGAGACAUUUCUUUCGAUCUUGGAGUCCCUGUGGAUUGUGAUGAGCCGGAACGUGAGCCUGCUGUUUACCACCGUCACCACACUGCUGACCAUCCUCUUUUACAGUGGCACUGCCCUUCUCAACUUUGUGCUCUCCCUGAUAAUUUUCCUGACCACACUGUUUUAUCUGUUAAGUUCCAGUGAUGAGUACUACAAGCCAGUGAAGUGGGUGAUAAGCCUGACACCACUGUCUCAGCCAGGCCCUUCUUCCAAUAUCAUUGGCCAGUCUGUGGAAGAAGCUAUCAGAGGGGUGUUUGAUGCUUCCCUCAAAAUGGCUGGCUUCUAUGGAUUGUACACCUGGCUGACUCACACUAUAUUUGGCAUCAAUAUUGUCUUCAUACCAUCAGCUUUAGCAGCAAUCCUUGGAGCGGUGCCGUUUCUGGGAACAUACUGGGCAGCAGUACCUGCAGUUCUGGACCUGUGGCUGACACAAGGUUUAGGAUGCAAGGCCGUCUUACUGCUGGUCUUUCAUCUCUUGCCAACAUACUUUGUAGACACUGCAAUCUACUCUGAUAUAUCAGGAGGUGGUCAUCCUUACCUGACAGGCUUGGCAGUGGCUGGUGGAGCGUACUACCUGGGCCUGGAAGGAGCAAUCAUUGGGCCCAUACUUCUCUGCAUACUUGUGGUUGCUUCCAAUAUCUACAGUGCCAUGCUAGUGAGCCCCACGAAUUCAGUGCCUACACCAAACCAGACCCCUUGGCCUGCUCAGACUCAGCGGACUUUCCGUGAAAUCUCUGAAGAUCUGAAAUCUUCGGUGGAUUGACAUGGUCCCACUGCUGUGAUCUGUCUGGGGAGUUCCACCUUGGCAGUGCGUUCUCUCAGCUGUGGCCUCUGUCCUGUCAGCUGUGCCUGGCAGGCAGGAGCACCCAGAAAAGAAGCAGAAGCCUCCCAGCCUUACAUGCAGAACACUGAACAAGAGAGAACUUGCUUUGAGCUGCCUUGCAUUUUAAAACACAGCUUGAGAGUUCAGAAAUGUGGUUUCCUCAUAGCAUAUGCUAAGAUGGCUUGAAAAGUUUCAGUUCAUGUACCAGUACCAUGGAGUGAAAUUUUCUCACUUUGGUUAUAAGAUGUAUUUAUAAAAUUAUUUUAAGGAUUCUGAAGUACCUGCUAUUAUACAUAUAUAUUCACUGUAAUUUUCUCCUGCUUUAGGAAAUCUGUGAACUUUUCUAAAGUGACAGUCCUCUUUCAAAGAAGAGAGUUUCACUCUGUAGUGUGUGGAUUCUAAGCAGGAAAAGAGAGCCAGAUACCAUCUAGAAUAGCAUAUCCCCUUCUUGGAGAUGAAACAAGUCUUAGCAAUAAAGGCAGGGUGUCUUAUUUGUUCAGCAGUGUCUUGUGAGGAGAGGAGACACAGAGACUGGAGCUCUUCCUCCACUUCCUUUCCCUGAAUCCCUCGUUGCAGUGUUGCCAAAUUUCUAAAACUUGUUUGACCACACUGAACUAACAGACUUACUAAGCUGCUAUGAAUGGUAACAAUAUGAUAGAGUCUAUGCUGUCCAAUUUCCUCUUUGAAUUCUUUUAUAUGAAAAGACUCAGGUCUAGCAGUCCUCUGGUUUGCUGUGUGUAUCCCUGUUUCGUUAUUUGGAACUCUGCCAGUCAGCUACUUAGCAGUGGAAUUUUGUAUUUUCUGUCACUUACCCCAGUGCCUUGCACAUGCCACUCUAGAUGAAUGCUUGCUGAGUUGAGCUGUAACUUUCUGUUUCUCAGCUAUGACAAUAACCAGCCUAGUGCUUUACAAUUUAUGCAGUCCCCUUGUGCAUACCGUUUCACAUCGGCUCUCACAGCUUAGUGUUAUUCACAACAGCAUGACUCUAUGCUGAACUUCAGGAAAGUGACCAUUGCAAAGCCACAAAGUUUAUUAAGAUUAGUCUCAGACCUUUCUAACUUCGUGGACUGCAAACUCUGCUACUGAGCAGUUCUUCUUUUGUCCUAGGCAGGUUUCCCAGGACUGUGAACUAAGUAUUGCUCUCCAUUUGCUGCUACAAGUGAAUACUUGACCUGCAGUUAAUGACAGGGCUAGGACUAGAACCCAUCUCCUAGUGUGAUAUCCUUUCUGUCUGUUUAAUCACCAGGCCCUUUCUGUGCUUCCAAAGGAAUAUGGGAGGGGAACGGGAGGAGUCUUUGUCAAAGACUCUGAUUCUUAAAAAAACUUAGAGUCUUGAUAGGCUUAGUGGCACACACCUUUAAUCCCAGCAUUUGGGAGGCAGAGGCAGGUGGAUCUCUGUGAGAUUGAGGCCAACUUGGUCUACUGAUCGAGUUCCAGGUCAUCUGGUGCUACAGGGAGA